CGCAGACCGGCAGAUUAGCUCGUUUCAGCGAGGGCUGCAGUCACCGCGUCCGCAGCAGACACACCAGGCUCUCACUCACGACUACCGGCUCCUGCUUUAAUCUUUUUUAACCCGGGAUUUAAGCAACUCCGUUCCGCGCUUACGUUUGGCUCUCCCGUCUCUAAGGAAUGCCCAGAGAGCUCACCCAAAACAGGAUCCAAAAGAUUUGGGUUCCCACCAAGGAUGACAAGCCGAGAGCAGCUGGCAAUCCCCACUUUGCCAACCCCCCCACUGUCAUCGUGAUGGUGGGGCUGCCGGCUCGGGGAAAGACGUACAUGUCCAAGAAACUCACCCGCUACCUCAACUGGGUUGGCAUGCCCACCAAAGUCUUCAAUGUCGGGGAGUACCGCAGAGAGGCGGUCAAGAAUUACAGCUCCUAUGACUUCUUCAAGCCUGAUAAUGAGUGUGCCGUCAAAAUCCGGCAGCAGUGUGCCUUAGCAGCCUUGAGAGAUGUCAAGUCGUACCUGGAGGACGAAGGAGGCCAAAUAGCGGUCUUUGAUGCCACUAACACAACCAGAGAGAGGCGAGACAUGAUCCUGAAGUUUGGCAAAGAGAAUGAUUUCAAGAUCUUCUUCAUCGAGUCCGUGUGCGACGACCCCAGCGUGAUCGCCUCCAACAUCAUGGAGGUGAAAGUGUCCUGUCCGGACUACCGGGACUGCAACACCACCGACGCCAUGAUGGAUUUCCAAAAGAGAAUUGAAUGUUACAGAACCAGCUACCAGCCUCUGGACCCGGAUCUCUAUGACAAGGAUCUUUCCUACAUCAAAGUGAUCGACGUGGGUCGCCGUUUUCUGGUCAACCGGAUCCAGGAUCACAUCCAGAGUAAAAUCGUGUACUACUUGAUGAACAUCCACGUCCAGCCCCGAACCAUCUACCUGUGUCGGCACGGCGAGAGCACGGACAAUCUGGAGGGCCGGCUGGGAGGCGACUCGGGCCUCUCGCCACGCGGCCAUCAGUUCUCUGCUGCCUUGGCCCGGUUUGUGGAGGAGCAGGAGCUGAAGGACCUGAAGGUCUGGACCAGCCAGCUGUGUCGAAGCAUCCAGACGGCGGAGCACCUGGGAGUCCCGUACGAGCAGUGGAAGGCGCUGAACGAGAUCGACGCUGGCGUGUGUGAGGAGAUGACGUACGACGAGGUGAAGGAGAAAUUCCCUGAAGAGUUUGCACUGAGGGAUGAAGACAAAUACUACUACCGCUACCCAGCUGGAGAGUCCUACCAGGACCUGGUCCAGCGGGUGGAGCCCGUCAUCAUGGAGCUGGAGAGGCAGGAAAACGUCCUGGUCGUCUGCGACCAGGCUGUCAUGCGGUGCCUGCUGGCUUACUUCCUGGAUAAGAGUGCAGAUGAGAUGCCCUACUUGAAGUGUCCCCUGCACACGGUGCUGAAGCUCACCCCAGUUGCCUACGGCUGCAAAGUGGAGUCCAUCCAUCUGAAUGUGGAGGCCGUGAACACCCACAGAGACCGGCCCGAGGAGGUCAAGAGGGGUCCCGGCACCCUGAUCCGGAGGAACAGCGUGACUCCUCUGACCAGCCCGGAGUCUCACAUCAAGAAACCUCGCAUCGACGACCUGGACGAGUCUCCCAUCCAGGAACUUCCCGACUCUGUUGCCUCAAUGGCCCUCUGCGGCUCCUCCCACCUCCCCCUCGCGCUGGCUGGACAGCAUUGGCUGGGCAAAGUUUGCCUACGCACCAUCUUCCACUAUGUAGAGGUGUUUUCACUCUUUGUCUUUCAAAGGUAAACACGAUCCCGAGGCUUCAGCCGCUUUGUAGUUCUGCUCGCAGCCACAGCUCACGCAAACGACACAAAUAAACCGUUAACUCUCGUAUUAAGUUUCUGCUGCAGGCUGAGUUUUAGCAGUGACAUACAGGACUGUCUCAGAAAAUUAGAAUAUUGUGAUAAAGUUCUUUAUUUUCUGUAAUGCAAUUUAUAAAAAAAAAAAAAUGUCAUACAU